AUGCUUUUUAGCUGGAACAAUGACUAUGGUUACGGAAUUCAUUUCAGCGACUAUGGGCAUGAUGGAAUGUACAUAAUGGAAUCUUCGGCCGUCAUGUGUAAUCUCGGUGUUGUUAAAAGCAAAGAGACAAACAAUUUUUAUUCUGGAAUAACAGGCACGAUGAUAAAAGAAGUUGAAAAAUCAAAACAAACUUCAUAUUCACGGAAAUAUUUAAAAGCUUUUACGUAA